AUAAAGAAAAUAGCACUCAAAUUACGAAUCAAAAAUAAACUUGCUAAAGAUGUGUUAGCGGAGUUUUUUGGAACUUUUGUGCUUUGCUCUUUUGCUAUUGGUGCCAGUUGUCAGUAUGUAUUAACCAGACAGAAAUUAGCCAGUUUUUUAACAUUAAAUUUGGCAAAUGGUGCUGGAUUAGUGUUUGGUGUUUACACCGCAGGUGGCGUAUCCGGGGCCUCGCUGAAUCCAGCCACUACUAUCGCACUGUGUCUCCAUGGAUUAAUGGAUUGGUAUAAAUUUCCAUUUUAUACGAUAGCAGAAUUAGCAGGAGCAUUCUUGGCAGCUGCUGUUCAAUAUGGUGUCAAUUAUGAUAUGUUAAAUGCUUAUGAUGGAGGGAAUAGAUCCACAGAAGGACCAAAUGCAACGGCGGGCAUGUUUUCUACUUUCCCAAAUCCAGAUGUUUCGACUCUAAAUUGCCUCUUUGAUCAGAUAUGGGCAACAUGUCUACUAAUAGUGUGUGUAUUCGCAGUUAUUGAUAAAAGAAACUUUAUGCCAAUCGACAAAGGGUUGCUACCACUAUCGUUAGGAACAAUUGUGUUCGGUAUUGGUUCAUGUUGGGCAGGAAAUUGUGGAUUCCCUCUAAAUCCUGCUCGAGAUCUAGGACCACGUUUAUUUACUGCUAUAGCCGGAUGGGGAAUCGAACCAUUUAGUCAUAGAAAUUAUAACUGGUUUUGGGUACCAAUAGUUGGUCCCUGCAUAGGGGCUUCUCUCGCCUACUUUGUUUAUAUGUUGUUUAUUGAGUUACAU